CAGCUGACGGCGCAAAUCUCAUUCCAGCAUUCAAUUCUUACACACAAAACUCAUUCAGAUCACUCGUUUCUCUCCCUUGGAAAACGCGUCCGAUUUUCAAACAUCAAUCCAACAACUCCUCACCCUUUACUCUCUCUUCCUUCUUGUGAUUCCCUUCACGCCCCACCAUUGACUUCUCUCCUCACUUCUUAAACUCACUCAUUUUGUUUAAUAAGAUAAGAAGAAAAAGUAGAAAGGAAAAGACUUGACAAAGAAAAGUAGGGUUCAACCGAUAGCCCUCCUUGCCGGAAUCCAUUUUUCUUCUUUGAUUCUUCGAUUUCUUGAUCAAAUUUUUUUGUUGGUUUGGCCUGAUUUCAGUUUUUCGACCAUAAAUUCCAUCAGAAUUAUACUGAAAAAAAAUACUGGUAUUUUUUUCUUCUUCUUCUUCUUUUUGUUUCGGUUUCUGGAUCAGCAACCUGUUGAUCCAUCAAUGGAAUCGUUAUCUGAUGAAAUCAAGUCAAUAUCCCCAAGUUUUUCAAUCAAUAAAUGAAACCCAAAUCGUCAUUAAUCCGCAGCUCGUCCAUUUCAGAUAGCGCCGGGGGAUUGUUGUUCAGGUCGUUAUCUGCAGCAUCAUCAUCAAUGGCGGCGCCGAGGAGUGUGGUGGUUGAUGCCGGCAGUGUCGGCGUUGGUGUCGGAGGAGGGAGGGCGAGGGAUGAGGAGAAGAGUUUCGGGGAUUAUAAUGCAGCGGUUGCGGGGGAUUCGCCCACCGGGAAGAAGGGUAAAGGAGGGGAAGGGGUGAUUUUUCCGUUGUCCCGAUGGGAAGUCAUGGCAGGGUUGGGUGUAUUUCUGUUAUUUUCCGUUGGAUUGGGCUGUAUUUACCUGACAAUGCCAGCUGCUGAUUAUAGUAAGCUCAAGUUGCCUCGGACCCUCUCUGAUCUUCGCAUGCUCAAAGAUCAUCUUGGAACAUAUGCUAGUGAUUACCCAGCACGGUUCAUCCUUGGUUACUGCUCAACAUACAUCUUCAUGCAGACAUUCAUGAUUCCUGGGACUAUCUUCAUGUCGUUGCUUGCUGGAGCACUUUUUGGUGUUAUCAGGGGCCUUUUCUUGGUUGUCUUUAAUGCUACGGCUGGAGCAUCAUCCUGCUAUUUUCUGUCUAAGCUAGUUGGAAGGCCUAUUGUUAGUUGGUUUUGGCCCGAGAAAUUGAGAUUUUUCCAGGCAGAGAUAGCAAAACGCAGAGACAAGCUGCUCAAUUAUAUGCUGUUUUUAAGAGUAACUCCAACCCUGCCAAACCUUUUUAUCAACCUGGCAUCUCCCAUUGUUGAUAUACCAUUUCAUAUCUUUUUCCUGGCCACUAUGCUUGGGCUGAUUCCCGCUUCUUACAUUACUGUCAGAGCUGGCCUUGCACUUGGGGACCUAAAGUCAGUUAAAGAUUUAUAUGAUUUCAAAACUUUAUCUAUUCUUUUCCUCAUUGGAUUGGUGGCAAUAAUCCCAACCCUUUUGAAGAGGAAGCGAGUGUAUGAAUAGAGAUAUUUAUUUUCACCUAUCCUCUUUUUGAGGAAAUGAAACUGGGGAUAGGGUAUGACCUGACUGGUAUACCAUUGUAAAAUCUUGGGGAACAGAGGUGUGAGCCCUUUUUAACUCCAAUGCACCUGAAGGUUAGGAAGUGGAUUUACCUUCACUUGCAACUUGCAGUCAAUCACUGCUUGAAGCAUCAAAAGUAGUGCUCAUUUAUUUGAUUUCUGUAUACUUAUGACUCACCUGUCUGCCUGGGGAACUGUGAGGGCACCAAGCAGCUGGAAGUGUUCCAUGCUAUUCAUGGUUCAAGGGAGAUGAAAUAUAACCAAAUGCGAAAUCAUUUUUUAUUCCAACAUCAGCAGAGUCAUCUUUAGUCAUUUGUUAGGUAAAAGUAAUGUUGUAAUUUCCAUAGGUAAAAGUAAUGUUGUAAUUUCCUUUCUGGGUAAUCCGUUCCCUACGGCUGGUUCCCUAUUUUGUUACAUGUGUAUACUAUGUUAGGAUCCUAUCCGAUUUGACAUCAUACAUAUUAGAAAUAAUGAUUCCUCAAGUUUUUUUUUUUGUUA